CGGAAACCCGGAAGUGAAGGUACCAGGCUGGAUUGGCGAAGCACGGAGCAGUGUGCGGGAGAGAUCUAUCGUAAAGUCAACUGUUAGUUCGUUUCGAGGCACGACAGGGUUCUUCCUUCAUAAUGGUUGGUGAACGGAGGAAUGGAAACUUGCUUGUACAGCUGGGCCCUAAGCUUCAAGCCUAUCCAGAGGAGUUAAUUCGGCAGCGGCGCACUUGUGAUGGCCAGACUGAAUAUUUGAUUCGUUGGAGUGUGCUUGCAGUUGAUGAAGGAGGUGGAACAGGAAAUGGUACUGUUGAAGGAGCUGGAGGAGUUGCCAGCAGCAGUGGGGGUGGCAGCUCUUCAGAUAGCAAAAGUGAAAACAUCUUGAUGUGGAUGUCUACUGAGGAUGUAUAUGCCAAUUGUCCAACAUUGCUCGGCAAGCGGAAAAAUGACUGCCAACGAGCUGUAACAGAGGAGCAGCCUAACAGUGAAUUUUCCUCAGGUUCUACCUUUGAUCAGGUGGAGCUCUCUGACAUGGAGAAUGAUGUAAAGAAUUUGGUAGCCAGGGCUCGCAAACAGAUGGACAAGAAGAGAGAUGUUGAUGCCAUUAGCAUUACACACACAAUUCACGUGCUUAGUGCUUAUGCCAGUAUUGGGUCACUGGUUGGAGUUUUCAAAGAAACUGGUGCUCUUGAUCUGUUAAUGGAGUUACUUUGUAAUAAGGAGAGGCAAACAAGGAGGAGUGCUGGCAAGAUGCUCCGAGCAUUAGCUUCGCAUGACGCAGGAAGUCGUGCUUAUGUCCUCCUCUCUCUUAGUCAGCAGGAUGGGAUUGAACAGCACAUGGAUUUUGACAAUCGAUAUACUCUUUUGGAGCUCUUUGCUGAAACCACAUCUACUGAGGAGCAUGGCAUCUCUUUUGAAGGCAUACACCUUCCACAGAUACCUGGGAAGCUGCUCUUUUCACUUGUCAAGCGCUACCUCUGUGUUACAUCAUUAAUGGACAAAUUGAACACUAGUAGCUCUGAACAGAACUCGGAGAGACAGGAAGGUACAGUCUCCCUACACCAGAAUGAACAUUCACGUGUCCAGCAUGAGUUUGAGUUCACUAUGGCCAUGGCCAACCUUAUAUCAGAGCUAGUGCGAGUAAUGGGUUGGGACCGUAACCGGCAGAUGGACCAUGAGUCUAUGUUUUGUUCUGCUGAGGAAGACCAGCAGCAGAAAAUUAUACGAUCAAUUUUUCAACCUCGCAGCACACCUUGCCAAACUAUCCUUGCUGCUCCACCCCCAAAGAAGAAAGCAUCAAAUAGCUUUAAAGCUCGUACAGACUUUGCUACUCGUGCUGCUUAUGUAGAAUAUGUACAGAACACAUUGAGAAGUGGAAUGGUUGUCCGCAUGCUAGAGGACUAUGAAGAAGUGAGUUCUGGUGAUGAAGGAGAGUUUCGAUACAGCAAUGAUGGCACUCCACCAGUACAGGUGUACUGGAAUUCAUUGAAUAGGACAUACUGGGUACACUGGCACAUGGUUGAGAUCAUAGGUAGUGGCACAAGUGGGCAGGCAGAGAAAGAAGCCCAGGAGAAAGCAUCAACACUUGCUGAAACUUUAAAACUAAGCACUGGUGAACGUGAUCAAUCUUUAUUACCAGUAAGUCAGAUGUUUUUCUGUAAGCCUCCUGGGGGACUCUAUUCAUUGCCUUAUUUGGCAGAGAGUGUAUGUGAGGAUUCAAGGGUCCUGAGUCGGGCGGAAUGGUGGGAGCUGCUGUUUUUCAUCAAGAAGCUUGAACUCAAACAGCAGCAAGAGGUUAACAGACUCAUUUGUCAAAGCUUAGAUUAUCAGAUGUAUGAAAUUGAUGAAGUCGGUCUGAUCCAGUUGCCUGUACCUGUGGAAGUGGCACAGAAACUGCUGCAGUACUUAACUGAACAUUCACAAGCAGCCACUUUGAGUGAUUUGCAAAGCUCACAUGUCUACAUCAAGCACUAUUUAAGAAAGGGGCCCCUGGAGCAGGAAAGGUUAAGUGAAGCCUUAAAUAUGGAGUUUGGGGAUGAGGGUCCAUCAUCUUCACUUGGUAAUACCAAUAUGCUUAAAAAGGAUUUAGCCACAGAUCCCUCACCUGCUGCUAAUACAGAUGUGGAAUUGCCAGUAGACGAGGAGCUAAACUAUCCAGGUGAUAUAGAAGAAAAAAUGAAAGUAUUCAACAAUCCAAAAAUUCAAGGGAAGAAGAACUAUCUGGAACGGUUUAGUGAAGUAAUUGACAUUAUGAAGAAGAACAGUAUGGAUACUGGCCAGCAGCUGGCUGGUCUUAAAUUUAUGACUAAGGUUUUGGAGGAGGAGACCCAAGAAAGAAUUACACUUAGAACAGAUUCUGCUCAGACCAUUCGGGAUAAACUACUGAAAAUGUUGGUGGAGAUGCUUACCAAUCAAUCCAAAGAGAAGACUGUGUGCGCUCUACAGAUGGUUCAUGCCCUUUUGCUGAAAUACGAAUGGAGGGUCAUGUUUGCAACAGAGGGUGGUGUCAAAGCCAUCCUGUCUUCCAUGCAGGAGCAUGCUGGCUGUCCACAAGUUCAGCAAGCAUCGCUCGCAGCUUUAAAAGUUAUAACUGGAGCUAGUAAGCAUGAUGUGCGGAAUCUUUCAGGAUGCUUGCCACUUUCUGAAUCAGGCCUACAAAUGAUGCUAGAGAUAUUUGCUAGUAUUGGUUCUGCAACACCUAAAGGGUCAAAGGGUCUUCUCAGUGCCAUUCCUGUAGCAAUAGAUCUAAUGUUGAAUACUCAAGGGUGUUCAAUAGCUGUUCGAAAUGGUCUACUAGUAGUCAUCGUGCUGGUAUCAAACCAUAAGAGUCUGGCAGAGCAGUUAGUGGCAAGUGACAUCUGUUCUGUUCUUAAACGUUGUAUUGGGAAAAAGUCUAGCUCUGCUGCUAGUCCAGAGCAAAUGCUGUCAAUUGUUGCUCUUAGUUACAUCUACAAUGUGCACAAACUUUCUGCUGGGAUAGACAAAAAAGAACCAAAAGAGGAGUUGGAUUUUAAGGAUAUGGAGCUAAAGAUGCUCCUUGUUAGUUUAAAAGAAAUGCCGGCAACAAAGGAAAUAAUUCUGACCUUGGAUCGGCUGAUCUGUGAUGAGGGGUCCAGAAUUGAGCAAGAGUUGAAUGACAUUAUGAAGGACAAAGAAACAUUUCAAGCACUUGUGAGGGCAUUGGAUCAUCAAGGUGUUGAUAAGGUCCUACAGCUGGCUGCUUUAAGGAUCUUGAGCAAAUUUUUAGACAGCUAUCAAGAGGAUGUUCUGCCUUGGCAUGAAAUCAUUGAGCCCUGUUUAACAUCAAUAACAGUGUGCAUUAGUGAUCGAGAGGUUGUUCAACAGUUUAUACGUUUGCUUUACCGCCUGGCAACUUUGAACAAAGAUUAUGCUGUAGUAAUGUGUCGUCUUGGCACAAAAGAGAUUCUGAUAAAAGCAGUGGACAAACAUAGCACCAACCUGUUAAUGGUCACCGAACUCCGUGAUUUAAUUAGUGAUUGUGAAAAAUAUGCCAUCCUUCACAAGAAAAUGACUACUAGUAUUUUGGCUGGAUGCAUACAGAUGGUACUGGGACAAAUUGAGGAGCAUCGAAGGAGUCAUCAGCCAAUUAACAUCCCAUUUUUUGAUGUAUUUUUGCGAAAUUUGUGUCAAGGUUCCAGCGUUGAACUUAAAGAAGACAAAUGCUGGGAAAAAAUAGAAGUUUCUUCAAAUCACCAUCGUGCAAAUAAAUUGACUGACAAAAACCCCAAAACUUACUGGGAGUCAAAUGGAAGUACUGGUUCUCAUUUUAUCAACAUCUUUAUGCACAAGGGUGUGAUCAUUAGGCAUUUAGCUAUUUGGGUUGCUGCUGAAGAUACUAGUUACAUGCCAGCCCGGAUAAUAGUGAUGGGUGGAGAUGAUGCUGCAAGCAUAAACACUGAGCUUAACACUGUGAACGUACCUCCCACAGCUAAUCGUGUAGUACUACUGGAAAAUAUGACUCGUUAUUGGUCUAUUGUGCAAAUUCGAAUUAAAAGGUGUCAGCAGGGAGGCAUAGAUACACGGGUCCAUGGAUUUGAAGUUUUGGGACCCAAACCAACGUUCUGGCCAGUUUUUAAAGAACAGCUUUGUUGUAGGACUUAUUUGUUUUAUACAACCAAAGCACACACCUGGUGCCAAGAGAUUUUGGAUGACAAAAUGCAGCUUUUGCAGCUUUUCAACAAACUAAAUAGUGCUCUCCGACAUGAGCAAAUGUUCGCUGACAGGUUCCUUCCUGAUGCAGAGGCUUCUGAAGCUCUUGGUCGAACUUGCUGGGAGGCUUUGAUCACACCCAUAGUACAAAGCAUCACAGUCUCAGAUAACACUAAAAUUAGCCCGCUAUCCUGGCUGCUGAAUGAAUAUUUGGAGAAUUCUGAUGCAGCCAAGAGAAGUAAGAGUCGGGCAGCAAUUUUCAAUUCUCGAGUGAGACGUCUUACACAUCUCUUGGUGCAUGUGGACACUAGCAGAAUCGACACAGAAGACCUGAAACCACCUCUUAAGUCAAAUGGAAAGGAUGGAAAGAAUAAGGAAGUUACUUCCUCAACACUAUCUAAACCAAAAGUAAAACAAGUCAGCAGUAUAGCAGGAAUAGCCCAGUGUUGGCAAGGUGUGGUGCAGUUGCAGGUUAAGAAAUUCCUUGAUUCUGCCUGCAGCAUGGAUGACUUUGUGCAACGGUACCGUAAUAUGUAUCUGCGUCUGAAGAAUGCCAUGGAGGAGCUCUUUGGACAACAGACUGCAUUUGUUAUAGCUCUGAGGCAGGGGUUUUCUGCUGCUCUGCUUCAGCUUACCAUCCUUACUGCAAUGCAUGUCAGUGAAAGGUUUGCCCAGUACAUUGAUCUAAUGAUUCAAGAGAGUGGGGCUGACACUGGAAAUGUUGAGGCACUGAACCAACUUCAGCAAUUCCUGGAGCCAGUACUAUUCCUUUCAGGCCUUGAGUUAGGCAACACCUUUGAACACUUUUACAGGUACUACCUGGGUGAUAGACUUUUGGGCCGUGGAAAGGUGUGGUUGGAGAGUGCAGUGAUUGAGCAAAUAGGGACAUGUUUUCCCAACCGGCUGCCUCAGCAGAUGUUGAAAAAUCUACGCGAGUCUGAAGAACUGCAGCAGGAAUUUCAUCUAUAUAGGUUGCAACAGCUGGACAAAAUUCUGCAAGACACAAAUGAAGAGAUGAUGGAAGUUCAGCUGUCAUGUCCAAUGGAUGAGAGUGACAUUGAUGUUAAAGUAUUAGUUCUCUCUCCUCGGUGCUGGACUGUUUCUGCUUUCUGCCAUUUGGACUGUCCUGACAAAUACUUUCCAUCUCAACUGUGUAGUUACCUUGAAGAAUUUUCUGAAUUUUAUGCAAAUAGUCAGAAUAUGUAUAGCUUGACACAUUCAAAACCCCGCUGUUUGCAGUGGACAUGGCUGGGUCAUGCUGAGCUACAAUAUGGUCAUCUUACCCUGUAUGUUUCAACACUGCAGAUGUUUAUUUUGUUACAUUUCAAUGAAAAAAAUGAGGUUUCUGUUGAGUCAUUGUUGCAGUCUUCGGGUUUGUCUGUGACACAGAUUUGUCAUGCGCUGAAGCCAUUAAUAGAGAAAGGAAUUCUUCUGCAGGCCAAUACUUCACAGGACCUUUCCAGUGGGAUCUUAAAACUGGAUACAGAGACUUCAGCAAUGGAGUCCAACAGGCAGACACACAUGUGCCUGCUUCCCCAGCAGACCUACUUGAAUGUAAAUGAAGAUGCUGCCUAUACGCUGGAGAGGAAGAGGAACUUCAUCUACUGCCUUAUUGUCCAAAUCAUGAAAGCCGAAAAGGAACUGCACAUUGAUAACCUGGUUUUUAAGGUUAUUGAUACAUGCCAUUGUCAAGACUCCAAGAAAGUGCCACGUAUGAUACUCUUCAGUUGUAGCAAUACAGAUGUCCUGUCAUGUGUUAUGCAUCUUAUCAAUAAGGGAUACAUUAGGCGCAAUGAGGACAGUCCACAUAUACUGGAAUAUGUACCAGAAGAUCCAACAACCCCACAAAAGGGUCAGGCUCACAUUUCGUUUACCAAGCAUGGUGUGAAAAAAACAAGCUCAUCCCAAAGAGAGACAAGUUCCACAGUAAGCUCGUGCAAUUUCUCCUCCAACAUUCGCAGCUAUGAAGAUGAGGUCCUUGAGGCAGUGCUAUUUUCUAUGGGCCGAACAAUGACCCAGGAUGAAGUACGUCAGCUCAUGUACCAGACAGUGAUUCAUGUGGCUGACACACUAAGCAUCGCAUCUGAUAGAGCCCAGCAUCUAUUAAUCCAUUGUAAAUGGAAUGUAGACUUGUUAAUCCAGCGCUAUGCAGAAGAUUGCGAUUCCCUGUUAUUGUCAGCAGGUUUGGAGAGCAGAAACCUCCAGGCCCCAUCCAGCCUGGCCAGUCACUGCCCUGUAUGUCUGAGCCCACAAUCUGGUGAGCUUAAUGUGGCUCCCAACCUCUGCUGCAUGCACUACUGCUGUAGAUUUUGCUGGAAAGAGUAUCUCACAACAAGAAUUGAACAAAAUUUGGUUUUGAAUUGCACCUGUCCCAUUUCUGACUGUCCAGCCCAACCAACUACAGAUUUCAUUUCAUCAAUUAUCACAGACAAAGAAAUUAUUGCCAAAUAUGAAAACACACUGCUUCGUGGCUAUGUGGAAUGCUGUUCCAAUUUGACUUGGUGCACUAACCCCCAGGGAUGUGAUCAGAUCCUUUGUAAAGAAGGUAUUGGGAAUGUCGGUACCUGUUCCAAGUGCUGCUGGUCCUCAUGCUUCAGUUGUAAUUUCCCAGAGGCUCAUUAUCCAGCUAGCUGUAGUCACAUGUCACAGUGGAUGGAUGAUGGUGGUUAUUAUGAAGGAAUGAGUAUGGAAGCUCAAAGCAAGCAUCUGGCAAAACUCAUCUCCAAACGUUGUCCAAGUUGUCAGGCACAGAUUGAGAAGAAUGAAGGAUGUCUGCAUAUGACGUGUGCCAAGUGUAACCAUGGGUUUUGCUGGCGAUGCUUAAAACCCUGGAAACCAACCCACAAAGAUUACUAUAACUGCUCUGCAAUGGUGAGUAAAGCAGCCCGCCAAGAAAAAAAGUUUCAGGACUAUAAUGAAAGAUGUACAUUUCACAAUCAAGCAAAGGAUUUUGCUAUAAAUUUGGAGAAUAAAGUUUCUUCAAUUAAUGAAGCUCUCCAGAUGAAGUCUCUCACGUUUGUGAUUGAUGCUUGUGAGAUCCUGGCUCAAGCUCGAAAGGUAUUGGCGUAUUCCUGUGUAUACAGUUAUUAUAAUCAAGAUACCGAGAAGAUGGAUGUGAUGGAACAGCAAACAGACAAUCUAGACCUUCACACCAAUGCAUUGCAAAUACUUCUGGAGGACACUUUGUUGCAGUGCACAGACUUGGCAUCAUGUAUACGCCUCCUGAAGCCAGAGCACUUGAACACGGGCUUAGAGUUAAUUCGGCGGAUUCAGGAAAGGCUUGUAGCAAUCUUGCAGCAUUCCACACAGGAUUUUAGAGUCGGGUAUCAAUGUAAAAGUGGACCAGAUCAUGAGUCAUCACAGUCUUCAAACCUGGACAACCAGUCGGAUUUCAACAAGGAAGUAAAAUCAGAUGUCAGCUCGGAUUCUGCUGAUUCAGACAACAACAACGUUGGUGAUGAUGAUGAAGAAUAUGAUGAUGAAUAUGUACCAGAAUGGCAUCAAGAUUUUGAUGAAGAGGACAUUGAUGAAGAUGAAUUUUUCUCAGAGGAUGACGAGUCUGAAAAUCUAGAACACGAAUGAAUAGUCAUGCUUGAAUAAAAUGUAAGCACUUUGCCAUUGUGCAGUAAACUGCAUUUCGUAGAAUAAUGUUGCAGACUCAUAAACAUUCAAACCAAAUCCAAAAGUGCAACCGCAACAGUUGACGGCACCUGCAGACUGGUGCAGAACGGGGCGGAGCAUACAGAGGUUUGUCACCUUCAUCUACCUGUGUGCAGGUCACCUUUUAGUGUUUUCUUUUCUAGUUUUAUUUCUUGGUUAAACAAAAAAAAAACAAAGCUUCUAAAAUAUUGAUAUUUUUGUUCAUAAAGUAACUGUGAGAAAGGUAUUCAUGUUUUCCAGAGAAAGGUCUUUGAUUAAAUAACCUAAAAGGCUAUUUUUGAGUUGGAAAAUAAAUUGUACAUAUGAAGCUUUGAACUUUAAAGAUAUUCGUAGUUUGAAUAUAUCUGAACAUUAAUAACCUUUAUAAGUAUUAUAAACCCUUUUUUGGAAUUUGGCAAGUGUGGGGAAUAAAAGUCCAGAUGUUUAAAAAAGGGCUAAACCCAUCCUUACUGUUUCUGCUUUGGACUGUACAAUAAAUUAUGACCCUCAUUCAAGGGGGUCUCCCUGCAUGUGAUGCUCUACAGAACCCCACCAAAGAAAUCUUGAGCAGCAUUGCAUUUGUUUCUUAAAGCUGAAUACCAGGCUCCAUGCCCUGCAGCGUCUGGCAGAGACAGCGGCUUGUCAAGACAAGUUACAUUUUUUUUUUCCCUUUGCAAAUCAGCACUUCACGUAACCCGCUUGUGUGUUUUUUCUUAAGAAUAAGAAAAUUGUUUUUGAACAUAUUAAUGUUCUUAUGGUAUGAGAAUUUUAAAAUGCUUAGCUCAAGUUUAAGCUCAUUACACCUGAAGGAUGAAGCUGACAUCUAUAUAUAUUCUCAUACAUACAUUCUGUCUCAGAAAAUCAGUAAUGCACCUUCAGUUUACUAAAUAAAAUCUUUUUCUUCUAA